AAAAGCCCAAUACAAAACCCAAAAGCCCACAAACCCACAACACAAAUCCAUAAGAAUAAGAAAACCCUAAAACCAUAAAUCACACUCCAAUUUCAUUCCGCAUUCAUCUUCCUCCGCCGUUCACCAUCACAACAACCAAAUGGCCAAAGAGGAAGUGAAAACCGUUGUUCCUGAAUCCGUUUUGAAGAAGCAGAAAAGGAAUGAAGAAUGGGCUUUGGUGAAGAAACAGGAACAAGCAGUAGCCAAGAAGAAGAGAUCUGAAACAAGGAAACUCAGUUGGAGUAGAGCUAAACAGUAUGAUAAGGAAUAUCAUGAUCAGCAAAAGGAGUUGAUUAGCUUGAAACGUGAAGCUAAGCUUAAGGGUGGAUUUUAUGUUAAUCCUGAAGCUAAGCUUUUGUUCAUUGUCAGGAUCAGAGGUAUCAAUGGUAUGGACCCAAAAUCAAGGAAGAUUUUGCAGCUGUUGCGUUUGAGACAGGUCUUCAAUGGUGUGUUUCUCAAAGUUAACAAAGCCACUGUGAACAUGCUUCACAGGGUAGAGCCUUAUGUUACAUACGGGUAUCCUAAUCUGAAGAGUGUCCGGGAAUUGAUCUACAAGAGAGGCUAUGGAAAGGUUGAUAGGCAGAGAAUUCCUUUGACCGACAACUCUAUCAUUGAACAGGUUCUUGGGAAACACGACAUUAUUUGCAUUGAAGAUCUGAUUCAUGAGAUCUUGACCGUUGGACCUCACUUCAGAGAGGCAAACAACUUUCUAUGGCCUUUCAAGCUGAAAGCUCCUUUGGGUGGUUUGAAGAAGAAGAGAAACCAUUACGUUGAAGGCGGCGACGCUGGAAACAGGGAGGACAAAAUCAAUGAACUCAUUAGAAGGAUGAAUUAGGUUUUUGAAUAUCGGAGUUGUUUAAGAUUAUUUAUCCAGCUUAAGACAUUGUAUUUGUUAAUUCCAGUUUUGUUUUACAAGAUUUUUAUGGUGCUAUUUUGAAUGGUGAACUUAUCCGAGAUAUUUAGUUCACUGGCUGCAUUGCAGUGAAAGGUUUUAAUUAUUCAGUUUUGUUGCUUA